AACCGGAAGAUAAACAACCCGUUUCCUCUACUGGCUGGAGAAACAAACCAUGGCUGCUACAGGAGCCGGGUCUCCUGCUGCCAGCCGGCUGGUCCAGUAUGUGGUGGUCCGGUCGGAUCUGGUCCACCAGCUGUCCUGGCCGCUCGGAGCCGUCAUCACCCAGGCCUGUCACGCUGCUACCGCCGCCAUCCACCUCCACUACGGAGACCCAGACACUCAGCGCUACCUGGCCGAGCUGGACAACAUGCACAAAGUGGUGCUGGGGGCUCCAGACGAGGCCGCCCUUUCCGGUCUAUCAGAGAGUCUAACACAGGCUGGCGUGGCCCACAAGCUCUGGAUCGAACAACCAGAGAACAUCCCCACCUGCUUGGCUCUGAAGCCAUGUCCCAAAGAGACUGUCCAGCCACUGAUGCGCAAGUUCAAACUCUUCAAAUGACUGCCUUGAAAGACAUCGACCAGCUAUGGAUUACAGUGCAUGUCAGUAUCUAAUUUCAUCUAUAAAAGGAGAACAUUGUGCUCUUCUACUCGGUGCAUCCAAACAUCUGCAAUGUCCAAGAUUUAAGUCGGAAAAUAAGGUAGAAAAAACACAAAAGGUAUAGCAUUUAUUUUGUGAUGUUAUUAUAGCUUGAUAGAAAAGAAAGCAAUUAAUUUUGCCAAAAUUUAACAAAACAAAGUUAACAUAUAUACAUUUUAAUAAUGUAAAAAACAAAACUGGACCAUGUGUUAUGAAUGUAUUUGACUUGUAGCCACAGAAAAGUUAUUGUAUUUCUCAAGUGGUCUAACUUAAUCUGUUCUAAACACAUACAAUAAAUAAAUAAUUAUUGUUUACACAUUGUAAUUAGAGUGCAUGUUAUCACACUGACAAUUAGGGAUGCACCAAUCUGACUUUUUCAGUCCCAAUACCGAUACCUGGGCUUUGGGUAUCGACUGAUACCGACUACCGAUCUGUUACAAGUGUUUAAUUAAAAAGCUGUAUGCCUCACUGUGUGUAA